UUGCAAAAAAAAAUAAAAAAAAGUGUGUGUGAAGUCUUUGGCGAAAUCCGCGAAAAUCAGCCGCAUCCGACGACGAGAAGUUUCCUGCAUCACCCAGCCGCCGAGGGACACCGAUCCGCUGCACCACCGCCAAUUUACAGUAUUGCAACAUGCAGUCCAACAUCCGCUAUUUGGUCAACGUUGCCGUGAAGGGCAACGCGAGCCUUCGAAAUCAUGGAGCGAUCCUGGGGGCCGUCUAUGGCCGGUACUAUUCGACGACACACGACGCCGACCUGGUCGUCAUCGGCUCCGGACCCGGCGGAUACGUCGCCUCCAUCAAAGCCGCCCAGCUGGGCAUGAAGACCGUUUGCGUGGAGAAGAAUGAUACGCUCGGUGGAACAUGCCUCAACGUUGGUUGCAUCCCUUCGAAGGCGCUGCUGAACAACUCGCACUACUACCACAUGGCGCACUCGGGCGAUUUGGCGGCCCGUGGUAUCCUGGUGGAGAACGUGCGGCUCGAUUUGAGUGCCCUGAUGGACCAGAAAUCGAAAGCGGUCAAAUCGCUCACCGGUGGUAUCGCUCAGCUGUUCAAGAAGAACAAAGUCACACACAUCAACGGUUUCGGAACGAUCACCGGCCCCAACACGGUGGUCGCCAAGAAGGCGGACGGUUCCGAGGAAACGAUCAACACGAAGAACAUCAUGAUUGCCACCGGUUCGGAAGUCACGCCGUUCCCAGGCAUCGAGGUUGAUGAGGAAACGAUCGUCUCUUCGACGGGUGCUCUGAAGCUGAAGGAAGUGCCCCGCCGGCUCGGUCUGAUCGGUGCCGGUGUUAUCGGUCUCGAGCUGGGAUCGGUAUGGGGUCGACUAGGCGCCGAAGUAACUGCCAUCGAGUUUCUCAACACGAUCGGUGGUGUCGGUAUCGAUCAAGAGGUUUCGAAGAACUUCCAGAAGAUCCUCACCAAGCAGGGCAUGAAGUUUAUGCUCGGCACGAAGGUGAUGAGUGCAUCCAAGUCGGGCAGUGGCGUGACGGUGACGGUGGAGAGCGUGAAGGAUGGUUCGCAGCAAAACCUGGAGUUCGACGUGCUGCUGGUAUGCGUUGGACGGCGCCCGUACACCGAUGGCCUGGGUCUGGAGAACGUUGGCAUCGUGAAGGACGAUCGGGGCCGCGUGCCAGUCAACAGCCAGUUCCAGACGAUCGUACCGAGCGUGUACGCCAUCGGAGAUUGCAUUCACGGACCGAUGUUGGCCCAUAAGGCUGAAGACGAGGGUAUCGUGUGCGUGGAGGGUAUGCUCGGUGGUCAUGUGCACAUCGAUUACAACUGUGUGCCGAGUGUGGUGUACACGCAUCCCGAGGUCGCUUGGGUUGGCAAGAACGAGGAGGAACUGAAGGCCGAAGGUGUCGCCUACAACGUGGGCAAGUUCCCGUUCGCGGCCAACUCGCGUGCCAAGACCAACAACGAUACCGACGGUUUCGUCAAAGUGCUGGCAGACAAGCAAACUGAUCGCGUGCUCGGCGUACAUAUCAUUGGACCGGCCGCCGGUGAACUGAUCAAUGAAUCUGUUCUCGCCAUGGAGUACGGUGCAUCGGCCGAAGAUGUAGCACGUGUCUGCCAUGCUCACCCAACCUGCGCCGAGGCUCUCCGAGAGGCGCAUACGGCCGCCAGCUUCGGCAAACCGAUUAACUUUUAAUUUGUAAAAAAAAAGCACACAAGCAAAACCCAACCAACCAACCAACCAAGCUUCACACAGCCUCUCCCUCACUUGAAGUAAAUGAUAAAGGAACAAGAGGGGAUCACGCAGGUUCCACUCUCUUACUCUACCAGGAUGUGUCCCGUCGAUGUUUAGCGUCAUGAUCGAACCGAUCGGCUUAAAGCCGGCGAUAUUGCGAAGCAAAUAGUGCUACUACUCCGUAGUAGGAGAUGAAGGCGAUUCCGUUGGUCGCACUCUGUAAAGCGGUACGAAUCUGGAAUAUUUGAAUAGUUUUCUAUUGGAAAAUGCAUAAAAGCGAAUAAAAGGAAACCCGGAAGCAACAUUAUUUAUUAGUCACA